AUGGUGCCAAAAGAAGAAGAAGGGCACAACUCCAAGGGUUUGGAAGGUGAUUGUUUGCUUGAUAGUGAGAAAGACCCACCCAUUGGUGAUAAUGAGAAAGACGCAGACAUUUUCGGUUGUUCUAGCGACACGGUUUCCGAUCUGGCUCUCGAUAAGUUAAGCAUUUUGCCAUGUACAAACAGAGAGGAAGAGGCGUCAUCAUCUUACUGUAUAAGUAACAGAGACCGCCAGAGCUCGCAGAAUUCUUACGGGGUCUAUACAGAAGAUGCGAGGCAAUGUGACCACAUACUGCUGGGCCAACAGCAAGAACUUUUCUUUUGCCACGAACUCAGCCCUGGGAGUUGGUUCUUCCUCCCACACGCCACUCGUGUAUAUAACAAGUUGAUGGCAUUCAUCAAGAAAGAAUAUUGGAAGAGGGGUUACACUGAGGUUAUGUCGCCAAAUAUGUAUAACAUGAAACUCUGGGAAACAUCUGGACAUGCUGCAAACGAAAAGGAAAAUAUGUUUACCUUUGAUGUUGAUAAACAAGAAUUCGGACUCAAACAUGUAAAUUGCCCUGGUCACUGCUUGCUCUUCCAACAAAGAGUUCGCUCAUGUAGAGACUGGCUGACUUUGGAGUGUUACAUCAAAAUGAGGCAGUUUGAGCUUUUACUGGGUUGACCCGUGUUCGACGGUUCCAACAGUUGAACAAGGGAAACGGGAAAUUUUAUGGCCCAUCGAUAGACGUUAGAAUUUCUGAUGCAGUGAAAAAGAAUAUCCAGUGUGGUACUUUACAGCUUGAUUUCCAACAACCUGACCGGUUCAAACUGGAGUACUCGUCCUCAGCUGAGGAUGAAGUGAAGAGGUAGAGACCUGUGAUGAUACAUAGAGCGGUGUUGGGAUCUGUUGAGCAGAUGUUUUUCAUAUUGUUAGAGCACUACGAAGGAAAAUGGCCCUUCUGGCUUAGUCCGCACCAGGCCAUAGUGUGCUCUUUGUCAGAAAAACAUCGUUCCUACGCUGAAAAGGUGAGAGAUCAAAUUCACGAAGCUAGAUACUAUGUGGAUGUUGACAUAAGUGGCAGAAAGAUCGAGGAAAAGGUGCGAGAAGCUCAGGCUGCGCAGUACAACUACAUACUGGCUGUGGGUGAUUUCGAAGCUGCAACGGGACAGGUGAGUGUUCGGCGGAGAGAGGAAAACGGUUCAGACUUCGUGGUGAUGAGCAUCGAGGCUUUGCUGGAUGUCUUCAAAGCUCAAGAGUGAAAAGUUUAUGUGAGAUCAGAUGGGGUUCAAAGAUCAAAAUCGAAGAAGGGGUCUUUUGAUGUUAAAGCUUAUCGCGGGAUAUGUUUCAGCAGUAGGACUUUGUGUCUCUUUAUAUCUCUCUACCAAAUAAUCUCUAAUCACUCUCUCUUUAAUUUAUUUAACAAGAUUUUUCUACUUAAAACGGAA